AUGCUUCUACAGCAUGCCUGCUGCGUGCCACCUUCAGCAGAGAAGAAGGCUUCAUUCCGCGGCCCUGCGUGCCCGUCUGCGCCGUCGAUCACUGCAGCGCCCUCCCCUUGCCAAACACUGUACCCAAGCCCACACACAUCACCCCGAUUGCCCCGCCGCUGCCGCGUCCCGCAGUGCGCCCACUUUGCGGCCUUCCACCGCCUGCCCAGCACCCCCACGCGGGUGGUGGACCGACGGACCAGCCGCGGCUACAUCGGCCAGUUCACCGCCGAUGGGAACAUCUUCAUCGCCGCGUUUCAGCACGAGCGCAAGAUCCGGCUGUACGAGGUGCACUACGGCUGGCGCCUGGUUAAAGACAUCCACGCGCGGGGCCUGCAGUGGACAGUCACGGACACCGCCCUCAGCUCCGACAACCGCUUCCUGCUCUACUCCUCCAUCACCCCGGAGGUCACCAUCGGCGGCAGCGGCGGCGUGGAGUCGGUGGCCAAUGUGACCGACAUCCACGAAACGCUCGACUUCCUGUCCGGCCAGCGCCAGCAGCGCCUGGGCAUCUGGAGCAUCCAGUGGAGCGCCGACAGCCGGGAGAUUGUGGCGGGGACGUCCGACCCGGGGCUGCGCAUCUUUGACAUGAUGCAGCAUCGCAACAGCCAUCCCUCACAUUCGCUGCCUGCUUUUCCUGCAGUGAACGCUGUGGCGUAUGCCGAGCGCGACUCGCCCAACCUCAUUUUCUCAGGCUCAGACGACACCUUUGUCAAGGUGUGGGACAGGCGCACGCUGGACGCCAGCGGGCGGCGUUCCCGCCCCGCGGGCGUGUUUGUGGGGCACACCGAGGGGGUGACCCACCUAGACUCAAAGGGCGACGGCCGCUACGUCAUCUCCAAUUCAAAGGACCAGUCCAUCAAGCUGUGGGACACGCGCAUGAUGGCCGGCGAGAAGGAGGCGCGGCGGCUGAGCCGGGACGCCCCUUCCUUCCACUGGGAUUACCGCUGGAUGGACUUCCCGGGGCGGGGGCGCGUGGUGCAGCACCCGCACUGCGCCGCGGUACAGACGUACCGCGGCCACACCGUGCUGUCCACCCUCAUCAGGUCAUACUGGUCCCCAGCCGCCACCACCGGCCAGCGCUACAUUUACACGGGCAGCUUUGACGGCAGGGUGCACGUGUAUGACGCCAUCACCGCACAGGCGGUGGCCAAGCUUGGCGGGUACCACCGCGAGUGUGUGCGUGACUGCAGCUGGCACCCCUACCUGCCGCUGCUGGCCACUGUGUCGUUUGACGGCAGUGUGACGACCUGGGAGCCAGAGGUUCCUGGAGAGGCCGAGGCGGCCAGGGAGGAGGC